AUGGCAGUCCCUGCGUUCAGGCUCACCGCGCGCGCUCGCGAAGCAAGUGCCUCUCCCUCUGUAUCUCUGGAAAAAGGAAGACAUCGUAUGCGUGCUCCGCGCACUCCUAUCACAUUGGAAGCACCUAUCCUUACUUCUCGUCGUCCUCAGCCUACUAGCACAGACCGAAAUAACCUGUAUAUCGCCGUCCUCGUUUCACUUCUCGCCUUCGCCUGUUUCGCUUGCUUUGGUACCGCUUAUUAUCUCUACAAAUUCAGGUGGAGUCACUUUCUUGAAGUUGGUCCUCGUCGAGCUGAUGAAGUCUCCAAAGUCAUCGAAAUUGAUCCCCGCAUCGAAGCUUGCCCACAAUUGAACUUGCGAGAAGAGAAAUACUUGUCCUACUUGCCCCAUAGCGGCUUCCACAAUCAACGCAUCGCUCUCGAGAACGCUCUCGCAUUAUCUCAUAUCCUCAAUCGCACUCUUCUUGUACCACCCAUUCGUCUGGGAUCUAAACCUUUACGAUAUGUCAAUUACGAUUCGCUAUAUUCAUUCGUCGCAUUGUCGGGAAAAGAAAAUUUUACACAUUGUUCCCGAACAGCUCUAAACGUUCCUCUUCCAUCCGAAUGCCUUGAUUACUUUGACUAUACUCUCCUGUCUUGGGAAUGGUUGAUCGACUUUUCAGCGAUACGCGCCCGUCAGCCAAUCAUACUUCGAUGGAAUCUCACCGAUGUCUGGAUACUUGACUGUCUGAACAUAUCUUUUGCGAACACCCACACUCUCAAAGACUCUGGUCGUUAUCAGUUCAGAUUCGUCGAUAAUACUUCGUUGUCGCCGAACGCGAAAUUCUCUGAAGACCUGCAAAUUGACACAUUAGCCUCCGUCAAGGAACCCUUACUACAAAUCGGCACGCUAUUUGGCUCCUCCAGACUUCAUCUCUCGGUACCAGAAAACCGUCGUGUUCGCUCGCAAAUUCGUGAGAGUAUGGUGCUCACCAACCCCUAUCUCUUACAUGCUGCCGAAUCAGUGGCCAAGACACUAGGGCAGUCAUAUGUAGCUGUUCAUGUGCGUUUAGGAGAUGGUCAAUUCCAGGCUAAUGGUGGAAGCAAGGCACGAUCGGUGUGGUGGUCGCUGAUACGAGAUGAGCUUGGGAUCCCUGUUGCCGAUAUCGUCGCCCUCGAACAAAACAUCGGGAAACCGAUCACAGAUUCAUCAAUUUUCUCUGAUCAGAAGAUGAACGAUUUCCAAGAAGGGCUUAGCAUUUCCGAUUCUAACCUUCGAUGUCGGAAAGGUCAUCACACACAAUCGCAUCUCAGUCCUCUGAAUGUUCCACUCUAUAUAGCGACAGAUGUUACGGACCCCGCUACAGACCCUGACCUCGCUUUAUUUUUUCACGCUUUUCCUUGUACCUUCCAUCUGGGUGAUUUUCUGGGCCAUAUUGACACCUUGGAUCAUCUUGAAAAUCUCUAUGACGGCCUUAAAUUGAAGCCAUUCCUCAUUCCAUUUCUAGAUGCUAUCAUCGUAGGAAUGGCUAGUCGCGCUAUGGGUACCCCAGGAAGCACAUUCUCCACAUACAUUACGGAUGUGCUCUGGCCAAAGUACCAUAACUUGGCAAUUUCGGAACGAGAUAUCGAUAUGUUGAGCACCCAGCCUUCCAAUUCGACGAAGAAGUUCCCGGCCGAACUUCAACCCUCUUCCCUUCACCCGUCGACUGCUGGUAAUUCUCUCUUUGAACCUCGACCCAACGCCUCUGGGUUUGCUGUCCCCCCUUCACCCCGGGUCGCUGGAGCGAAUGGUGAAAUCAUUGACCAGUGGUUCCAAGACCUUCAGAAGUAUGAAGCCACUCUUGGUGCUAUGGCUGUGGCAUCAGAAGACAUCAAAUUCAGAGAGGAAUUAGGCACCAUCGAGCAAUGGUUCAAAUUGCUUUCUGAGUCGGAGCAGACAGCUUCGCUCUACACUCUUUUGCAACACGCUAAACCUGCCCAGGUCAAGUUUCUGUCCGCAGUCUUGCAACAGAUGUCCGACGGUGCCCCCGCGGUCGCCGCUGCCGACAAUUCAGCAAACAAAGCUGGCCGCGGUGUGCGGCCUCCUAGCCUGAACCUCCCUGGUACUCCUAUCGCUUCGCAGUUCGAGUCCCCUGCUGUUGAGAACGACGCUCCUGGCGCCAAAGUAAAGGGCCCACAAACCGAACAAACCCAAGAGGUCGUCGUCAAGCCUAGCGAAGAAACCAGUUGGGCUAGCAUGGUGGCAACUCCACAGGACCUUAUGUUCAAGAAGGGCGGCGAUGUGCCGCCGAACUCUGCUGCUGCUGCUGCUCCUUCCGACCCUGCUGCUCCUACGAGUGUGCCUACCGCUCCCAGUGGACUUGUUGGCCCUGCCGCGGGGAUGGCUGCUGGACUGGCGGCUGGUAUGAUGAACCCUUUCAACAUGGCUAUGCUCAACAACAUUGGAUUCUCUACUGAGGCGCAGAUCCUUGCCGUUCAACUGGUGAUGAGCGGGCUAGUACAGCCUUCAGGAAUUCAAAAACCCAUUCAGCCCAAGCCUCACUCGAGAGCUGCGAAUGCUUCCAAUAACUGGCGUUCCCCCGCCAGCGCUCGUUACCCCGGAAGUGCAUUGAGGAGCAGUGGACUUCGCAGUAGUGCGCUUCGGAGUGCUUUGAAAGCCCAGACGCCUAAAAGCGCAGUGUCCACGAAUACUCUUGGGAGUGCUACUACGCCGAAAAUUGAGGAUAUUGACCCGGAACUUCUCAAAGAUGUCCCGGUAUGGCUGAAGAGCCUGAGGCUGCACAAGUACACGGAUUGCUUCACAGGCAUGACGUGGGAGGAUAUGAUUGACCUCAAUGAGGAUCAGCUCGAAAAGAGAGGUGUGGUCGCUCUGGGAGCACGCAGGAGGAUGAUCAAGACGUUCGAGAACGUGAAGAGAAAGAUGGGUAUUGAGUUCACCCCAACAAUCCCUGUCACAGCUGGUGUUGAGCCCAGCAGCUCUCUACCAAAUAUGGGUGAAGUGUCGGUUCCUCGCAGCGCAGCCCCGAAUCUAUAG